AUGUCGCAACUUCACUACAAGUUUGCAGACAAGCCAGAGUUUGAAGUAUUACCGUUUGAAGGAUCAGAUAUCUCAAUUAUUGCUGCAAAGGAAAACAUUAUAAAGGCUUUAGAUCUGAAAGAAGCAGACAUUGUUCUAUCACAGGCAGAUACAGGCGAAGAGUAUACUGACAAUAAGUUAAUACCCUCAAACACAAGAAUAAUUAUAAAGCACGCGGCAACGAAACCGGUGAGUGGCUUAGACCCACCAGUAUCCAGCCUGCCAUUGAAAUCGUCUGGAGAUCCAAAUACUAAUACGACUAAAGGUUUCCCAAAACAGCAGCAACAAGCAGAACAGAUCACCGGGGUUGACAUAAUUACCUCUAAUCCUAACAUACAGUCGGAAGAUGAUGCGAUCAAAACAAUGUUUCAGCAACAAGCCAUUUUUUGGGAUGCUGCGCAAAAUAAAUCUAUAAAAACAUCACCUUCGGAAGUACCUCCUGAACGUACAAAUGGCAGUCAAUCUAUUGCAUCUUCAUCUGCUAUACCUAAACAAUAUCCGCGUCCCAGUGAAGUUAUUUUAAGAAAGAAAUCUAUAGGACAACCCUCUUGGAAUGUGCAGAAUGGACAAGCAAAUGGAUUUCCCACACAAGAAAUCCCAUCCUUUAGUUCCACGACCUCGGUCCAUCCCAGCAUUGCUCAAUCCCAAGUAUUUCGCGAGCGUCCCAAUCUUUCCGUAUCUACUUCCACCGAAUCACUUCAAAUUCCACAAGAACUUCAAUGUGGAAUAUGCAAGAGGCUCGUAAAAGAAGCUGAAUCGACACCUUGUUGUCGUGCCAUCUAUUGCCGGCAAUCUACGUCCAAAGCAAGCAUCACCAGUAAUGAAUGGGUGGGCCGUAUUCAAGAAACGUUGAUAAGAAACGGAUUCAAGUGUCCUGAAUGCAGAAAACAAUUGAUGACGGGUGAUUUGGAAGAGGAUACGAGAACACGAGAGGCAGUAAGGAAAUAUAAAGAAGACGGUGGUGUACUGCCUCAGACUCAGAAUCAAAGUCUCCAAGCACAAAGUGCCAGAGAUCAAAGUGAUCGAGAAGGGGCAGAUGUCUCAAUGUCAGACGAUUCAAAACAAAAGGCUGAUAAAACGGACAUUCAAAAUGUCCAAGUUUCACGUGUUGAUAAUAUUAAUACACCUGUCAGUCCAAGAACUUCUAAAGAUAGUCAAACAGAGGGAACAUCGCAGGACAAACCUUCGGGAUUGCUUCCAAAAUUACCUAAUAAUACAACAAAUUUGAGACCUCCAAUACAGGGGGCAAGGUUGCCAGAUCAACUACGUCAAUCUCAAGCGACAAAAUCUCAAUAUCCUCAAUAUCCACAAAUGCCUACGGAUAAUUUUGCUUGGAAUUCUAAUGGGAAGUCUUUCGGCGUGGAUCCUAGAUUUCAAGGCUAUGGUCAAUAUGAAGACGAUUAUUAUGGGGAUUACAGUAAUGCAUAUGGAUAUAAUCAAAAUCCAGAUUAUUGGUUAAAUGAAGGAAAUUCAUAUUCAUUCUAUCCCCCAUAUUUCGAUCAAUACUAUUAUCCAAACCAGGAAUUCCUGCCAAAUCCAGCAUUGUAUCACAAUUUUCCACAAAUGUAUUCUGACUGGAAUGCACCAUCACCUCAAUUCCCUAAUGUCUCUCCUCCUUUUGGUAGCAUGGGUGCUAAUGUAAAUAUGGGUCGUGGCGGGGGACCUGUACCUUUCAGGGGCCGUGGUAGCCCCACUAGUAAUUUUGGAAGCUUUAGCGGUACAACUCGUCCUAUUAAUCGUAGAGGGCGCAACCGUGUUAGAGGCUAUCAGACGUUCAAUGACCGUCCGUUUGAUCCUGGAUUUGCAAGCGGUGAGAAGCGUAAGGAAAAUGAGGAAAUGAUGUCAUAUAGUCGAAGAGAAGGGCAAGAGGUAACAACAGUCUAUCGUCAAGAAGGGACUAAAGACGAACAAGUUGAUGAUUUCGGUCGUGACAUUGCCAGAAGAAUGUCAUCUACAUCGCGGCCUAUGAGCAGGAAUGAAACCAGUAUUCCCAAAUCACCUUCCCAUUAUUCAGAUCUGGAUAGGCGACGUGAUGGAUCAAGAGGAGAAAGUAAAGAAAAAAGGAGCCGUGAAAGGUCAUCACACAGAAGUUCGCGCCAUUCUCAUCCACAUUCUCACCAUUCAGCAAGGCGAUCGCCGAAUAGGCACGGGCGUUUACCAAAUGAUCGGAGAAGAUCACGUUCACGCUCACAUUCACGGCGUAGAAGUCCUAAUUAUAAUCCAGAUCAGUACCACAAAGAUGAUCGACGUCAAAGAAUUAGUGAUAACCAAGAAUCUUAUUAUAAUAUGCGUCUUGAUAGUGACUUGUUAGUGCCUAGUGAUGUUGUUGAAAAACAAGAUAAUUCAAAUAAAAGCCGUCGGUCGCGAUCAGCAUCUCCUCGAAUGCAAAUGGACGAUCGUGUUCCACAAAUAGAUAAUGAUGAUAGGCGAGAUUCACCGAUUCAAAUUGAAGAAGAAUUAGAUGAUAAUCAACGUCGGGCUCGUUCAUCGACACCAAGACCAUUGACUGGUAUGUCAAUCGAACAUGAAUCCAAGGAAGAAAUUGAACGCAAGGUGGAAACCGUCGUAAACCUAAGAGAAUCGCAGUCUCCCGAAGAAGACGUAUCAUCGGUUCGUGGUGAAAAUGAAACUCCUUAUCAUGGUGAGGAUAUCACUAAUGAUGACUAUGAGGAUCGUGAAAUCGAUUCACAAUACAGAUCUUCUGAAUUUGAUCAUCCAAUAAAAAAUAAAAACUCGCCAAAUUACCAUCGAACACAUAAUAGCAGGAGAUCUGAACGUCAUCGAUCCUCUCAUCAUGGAGGACAUAGCUCGUCAGAACACGAGGAAUAUCAUUCGCAAUCCAGGCAUGGUAUCUUAUCAAAGGACCGCCAUGAAGAACACAUCUCUUCAGGUCGUCAUUAUGAUGAUCCACAUAGAUCAUCUCAUGCCCGACACCAUUCCAUAGAACGUGAAGAACGACAUUCUCAAUCCAGACACAAAGAUCUAUCAAGACAUCGCCACGAAGAGCAUGUGUCGACAAGUCGUCGAUACGAGGAAUCACAUCGACUAUCUCAUCAUAGGCACGCAUCUUCAGAACAAGAAGAUCGACCUUCACAAUCUAAGCAUGGACAUACUUCUUCCAAACACCGUCAUGAAGAACGUUCUUCUAGAGAGCAUCGAAAUUCAAUACAUCGUGAUGCACACACGUCCUUGCGGCAUUCCCACGAAACACGCGCUGCUUCCCGAGAUCAUGUUGGACACAGGGCAUCAAGUCGUCAUCGUGAUGGACACACUUCAUCUUCACGAGAUCAUCGAGAGGCACGCAAUUCUAGGAGUAAGCGCUCUUCAUCAAAGCAUCGACAAAGUAAAAGCCGCCACGAACGACAUUCAUCUGUUGAGCGGGACGGGAAAAAAAGACGAAAUUACAGGAGCACUUCCAGGGACGUUGAUGAUUAUUCUCGGAAACGUUCUCGAAUAUAA